AUGGAUUCGCCGCCGAAGCGGAUGACGCGGGCCCGAGCAGCGGCCAAGGCCAAUGCAUCGACCGUGAAGACGACCAAGAUCGUCACUGCAGCGGCCAGGGCCAAGACCGCUGGCUCCUCUACAGCUGCAUCGUCCGCAGCGAGCACCGCGACUAAGAGAAAGACGCGCGCGGAUGAACACGACGACUGCCACGAGGGUGAGGCCCGCGCACGCCGCCUACGAGGCCGUCCUAGCCGGGCUUCAGGCAUCGUCGAUGCACCUGCCUCUUCUCUGCGCGCCGAACCUAUGAGGCCGACACGUACUACCCGCACAGUCAAGAAAACGCCCGCCGAACCGCUCAAGGAGGAGCCGAGCAAGCCUGCGCGCGGCCGUCCCAGGAGGAACACAGCCACGUCGACGGGCCAGCCCUCGAUGAGGAGAGCAUCCGCUGCUACACGUUCACGUGCCAGCACAGUGAGAAAAACCGCACCAGUCGCCCAGAAGAGUGUCAAAUUUGACGAGCCGGACAAGGAAAACAUGAGAGUGACCACCAGAAAGGACUCGGAUCCCAACGGCUUGCACGCCGCCCCGCCCCGGCGACCCCCAACUCCAGCCAGCAAGGGCGCCAGAAACGCUGCCGCGCUCGAAAAGAAGCCUCUGAGCCCGAGAAAGGUCACGCAGAUCCCGGUCCUGCGCAAGGACGACGAACUGGCCGGCGACGGGAGCCCUUGUAGGAAUGGGGCAAUCGAGCAAGUCGAUCUGACUCCUAUAAAGAGGAUUGUUGAGCUACCCGUGCUCGAAAAAGACUCGGACUCUACAAUUACCGUUAAUACCGCCAUUCUCGGCGCGCCAGAGGGUGCGACUAUCGGAUUCGGCUCGCCUCCGCGUCGACCACCAACAUCGCCCAACAAAGGCACACUCAAGUCACCGGCGAAAAAGAUGGGAGCGGUUCCUGUCCCAGGCUCGCCUACAAAAUCGAAUGCCUUCUCAAUUGAGAAUGACACAAAGACGGGAAAUCUGUCAUCAAAAAACACAUUAUUUCAAACACCAGCAAAGCGGCCGCCGUCGCCAAUCAAGAGCAUGGCUUUUCCCCCGACAAGUAAGCCACCGAGUAGCCAGAGCGCCUUCAAGGCCUCCCUGUUCCAGUCUCCUGCAAAGCGAGCGCCUUUGUAUCUCCAGCCCGUGGUUGAGAGGCCAGCUGCCGCCGCCAUUUGCGAGACGCCUGCGAUGAAGCCCAUUGCUGCAUCCACGUCAAUGCGCAUCGACUCUCGUCGCCCUUCAGAGAAGCUUACUUGCGAAGAAGAAUCACAUCAAGGCUUUCCGGAGGAGCCCAUCGAGGAAAUCCAAGAGAAUUCCGUAAUGACAUCCCGCUUCAACGGCCGACUAUCAGACGUUGUGCCGCGUGACGACGAGGAUGAGAAGAUUGAUACGGAUGACUCAGUUGAACUCGUGCAUACAUUUUCCUUUUACGAGCAGGUUGAUGGUGUUGUCCCCCCAAGGUUCGACCUGACCCCCGUUGGCCAGUCCUCAGGUUCUGUGGAUAGCUCAUUCGAAAACCCGGGGCCUGGUACCACUGGGCAGCCAGUAGCGGUACCACAAGGUCCUAACUUUCAGCUUCGAGCCAAAGAUACGGACCCUUGUCACGAACAGACAACAAUGUCUGAUUCUGAUUCUGAGGUGGACCUCGACGAGGAUCCGUCUACUUUCACACCGAGCUUCAAUAAGAACCGGCGAUCUACCAUGGGCCUCACGAGUCUGGCCCAGACGCUUGGCACUUGGCCCUCGGAAAGCCUUGCUCCAGCAAGCGAGGCCGAACAGCCAGCUUCUGGUCUUCCUCGUGCUUCGACGAUUGUACCGGUCGCUGAGCCGUCACCUAUGAAGACGAGCUUCUUUGAGGAGCAAAUUCAGACCCAAGAGGUCGAUACCCAUGACGGUUGUGAGAUUACAGAUGGUGAAAUUUCUGACCCAUCAUUUGAUGAGGAUAUAGGAGUAACCGAUGAAGACCUUGCCCUCGCACAGGAAGCUGAGGACCUGUCGCAAUUACACGAGAGCCCUUGUGCUGAGCGGAGUGUCGCCAAGUCAUUUUCCGACUCCCUGUCCGAAGCCAGCCAGGAGUAUGGCGAUGAGAAUGACCUUCCUGUUGACCCAGCACUCAAUGGCCCGCGCAUGUGGCCGCCGACAACACCGGCACGGCCCGCCAUGAGAAAUUGCUCGACGACUACCAAGGUUCCCCUGAAACCGGCCGACGAGUCGAGCCCUACCAAGUCACGCCGCUUCAGCGCCUCACGUAUCCCUAACAAUGGCACCGGAAGCUUGCCAAAGAGCGCUACUGUGAUCUCUUACUCUCCCGAGAAGACGCAGGGCUCCCACACCUUUGACAUGGAUGACGAACCGGCCACACCAGCUAGCAAGUGCGACAUGUGGUCGAACAUGGGAUCGCCUGCUCGCACUCCCCGACGCAACACCGAUUCGGGUCUCCUCCGUGGUGCUGUCGUAUUCGUUGACGUUCACACCAGUGAAGGUGCCGAUGCCAGCCUGAUUUUCGUUGACCUGCUAACGCAGAUGGGGGCCAAGUGUGUCAAGUCUUGGAGCUGGAACCCGGACAGCGCCUCAAAUUCUGAGUCAUCUUGCAAUCGAAUUGGCAUCACCCACGUCGUCUUCAAGGAUGGUGGCAAGAGAACGAUGGAGAAGGUCAGAAGGUCAAAUGGUGUUGUGCAGUGCGUCGGCGUUAGCUGGGUUCUCGACUGCGAAAAGGAGAAUGAGUGGCUUGACGAGAACCCAUACCUCAUUGACACGGCCUUUGUGCCCCGCGGUGGUGCUCGCCGCAGAAAGAGUAUGGAGCCCAAGGCCCUGGCUAACAAGAACGGUACUCUGGUCAGCACACCUGCGAAGCAGACUAGCUCCUACAAUCGUCGCCAGAGCGGCAUCUGGAUACAGACACCGCCUGAUCAGACUGCGGGCGAGGAACAGGGAGACGACAUUGAGUGGUCCGAGUUUAUCCUUACCCCAGUGCCAAAGACGCCUGCUCCGGAGACAAUCUCUAGAUAUGCGACCGAGGGGCCCGAAACACCCUCGCAAGGCGAAGAAGACAGCCACAUGUCACUCUCGCGGGAGGAGGUGCUUAUGAGGACAUGUCCACCAAAGUCGAGCGGCAACGGCAUCUACGAUCAAUUGGGCGAGGGUGUAUUGAGCCCGCACAAGGAUGACAGGGUGCUCAUGCGCCUGAUGGCGGCUCGUCGUAAGAGCAUGCAGUUUGCCCCUAAGAUUGCUAGCCCGCUCUCCAAGUCUUGGUACUAG